AUGAGUAGAGGUACUAAUCUCUUUUUAGUUUUUUCAAUAUCAACAGUUCUCUGGAUUAUCACUCUAUUUUUAUCAACUGGAUAUGUCAAGUAUUUUUAAACAUUAAAAUAGUGAAGUAGCAAAAUCUAUGCCCACAUAUGCUUUAAUUUUAUAUUUCUCAUAUGCACUUUAUAAAGUAGGAGGAGAUUUGGCACGAAUAAAGGAUUAUCCUGAAGAAGCAGAAUCUUUAUAAAAAGAAGUUUAAGAAGCAAAACGUUUCUAUUAACAAUAGGGAUUAAAAUUAUGA